UGGUUGCCGGGAGAACUGGUGACAACAAAAGACGGGGGCGGCCGCUGGGCGGUGUGGGGCUGGGGAGCAAAGCCAGGGCAUCCGGCCUUCACCUAGGAAGACCCGGUCUUUCCAGAGCGGGACUCCAGAUCUUACAUAAAAUGUUCACUAUUAAGGAACUUUAAGCAGACAAUCUAUUCAGUAAAAUCUCAGCUGCCAUGGAAGAAAUACCAGUAAAAGUUGCUGUAAGAAUUAGACCUCUGCUUUGCAAAGAAGUUCUUCAUAACCAUCAAGUUUGUGUGAGAGAUAUUCCAAACACCCAGCAAAUUAUCAUUGGGAGAGAUAGAAUUUUUACUUUUGAUUUUGUUUUUGGCAAAAAUUCCACUCAAGAUGAAGUUUAUAAUGCAUGUAUAAAGCCCCUAGUGUUGUCACUCAUUGAGGGCUAUAAUGCAACUGUUUUUGCCUAUGGACAGACUGGAUCUGGGAAGACAUACACCAUUGGAGGAGGCCAUGUUGCUUCACUUGUGGAAGGUCAAAAGGGUAUCAUUCCUCGAGCUAUCCAAGAAAUAUUUCAAAGCAUCUCUGAAAAUCCUGGCAUUGACUUUAAUAUAAAAGUGUCAUAUAUAGAAGUAUACAAGGAAGACCUAAGAGAUCUUCUAGAAUUGGAGACUUCCAUGAAGGACCUUCAUAUCCGAGAAGACGAAAAAGGAAAUACAGUGAUUGUUGGAGCCAAGGAAUGCCAAGUAGAGAGCAUGGAUGAAGUGAUGAGUCUUCUAGAGGUAGGGAAUGCGGCCAGACAUACAAGCACCACCCAGAUGAAUGAAUACUCCAGUAGAUCACAUGCAAUUUUUACAAUAAAUGUCUGUCAAGUUGAGAAAAAUGCAGAGGCACCUGAAGGUGGAGAGUGGUAUUCACGUCAGCACAUUGUCUCCAAAUUCCAUUUUGUGGAUUUGGCUGGAUCAGAAAGAGUGACUAAAACAGGGAAUACAGGGGAACGGUUCAAAGAGUCCAUUCAGAUCAACAGUGGGUUACUUGCUUUAGGAAACGUAAUACGUGCCCUUGGGGACCCACGCAGAAAGAGCUCACAUAUUCCAUAUAGGGAUGCUAAAAUUACCCGGCUUCUGAAAGAUUCCCUAGGAGGCAGUGCCAAGACUGUGAUGAUCACGUGUGUCAGCCCAUCCUCCUCAGAUUUUGAUGAGUCCUUAAAUUCUCUCAAAUAUGCUAACAGAGCACGGAACAUUAGAAAUAAACCCACUUUAAACUUCAGCCCUGAGUCAGACCGAAUGGAUGAAAUGGAAUUUGAAAUUAAGUUGCUUCGAGAAGCUUUGCAGAGCCAUCAGGCUACUAUCAGCCAAACUAGCCAGGUCCCUUCAGAAGGCACUCCUGAUCAAAAUAGGAUCCAUUCUCUUGAGGAACAGGUAUCUCAGCUCCAAGAGGAAUGUCUAGGCUACCAAAAUUGUAUAGAGGAAGCUUUUACUUUCCUGGUAGACUUAAAAGAUGCUGUCAGACUAAACCAGAAGCAGCAGCACAAACUGCAAGAAUGGUUCAGCAUGACUCAAGAGGUCAGGAAGGCUGUCCACACCUCAUGCCCAGGAAACCAAGGCCCUGGAAACCUGGAAGAAGGACCACAGCAUGUUACAGUUCUCCAGAUGAAGAGAGAACUUAAGAAAUACCAGAAUGAAGUUAUAACAGAACAGCAAUUUCUUGUGGAUCAGCUGAAUGAAGAAUUAACAAAACAACUGUCAAUGACAUCUUCAACUAAGGAAAAUUGUAGAGUUGGGCCUGAUAUCAGGAUUCCCGAGAAGAGACCAUAUACUGUACCAUUUGAUACUCAUCUGGGGCAUUACAUUUAUGUCCCAUCCAGACAAGAUAUCAAGAAGGUCUUCUCAAGUACUCCUUUAUACUCUCUGGAUCAAAUAUUGGCUGGGUUUCGAACACGAAGUCAAAUGCUGGUGGACCACUUAGAAGAACAUGAUGAAGUUCUCCACUGCCAGUUUUUGGAUAACAGUGAUGAUGAGGAAUCAGAAGGCCAGGAGAAAUCUAGAUGUAGAAGUUGCUCAUGGGUUAAAAAACCAGGCUCUGUUUGCUCUCUUGUUGAGUUGAAUGAUACUCAGGAUGAAACACAAAAAUCAUAUUUGAGGAAUGAAGAUUUGAAGAUGGAAUGUCUCCAGGAAAGUCAAGAGUCAAAUUUGCAAAAAUUAAGGACUUCCGAAGUCAUACUUAAUAAAGCUAAACAGAAAAUGAGAGAACUUCCAAUUAACAUCAGGAUGAAGGAAGAUCUGAUUAAAGAGUUAAUAAAAACAGGUAACAAUGCCAAGUCUGUAAGCAGACAGUAUUCUUUAGAAGUAAUAAAACUGGAACAUGAAGCAGAACAGGCAAAAGUGGAACUAACUGAAACACAGAAGCAGCUGCAAGAGCUGGAAAACAAAGAUCUUUCUGAUAAGGCUUUGAAGGUAAAAUUACAGAAAGAGUUCCGUAAAAAGAUGGAUGCUGCAAAGCUGAGAGUUCAGGUCUUACAAAAGAAGCAACAAGAUAGUAAGAAAUUGGCAUCACUGUCAAUGCAAAAUGAGAAACGUGCCAGUGAACUAAAGCAAAAUGUGGAUCACCUGAAAUAUCAGAAAGUACAGCUGCAAAAAAGGCUUCGAGAAGAAAAUGAGAAAAAGAAGCAACUGGAUGCAGAAAUUAAGAGGGAUCAACAAAAAAUCAAAGAACUACAGUUAAAAACAGAACAAGAAGAAGGUCUAAAAUUGAAAGCUGAGGACCCUGAUGGGUUUAACUUGAAAAGAAGAAAAGGUCCUUAUAGGAGUGUGGAACACCUCCAGAAAUUGGAUGAGCAAAAGAAAUGGUUAGAUGAAGAAGUAGAGAAAGUUCUGAACCAACGCCAAGAAUUAGAGAUGCUGGAAGACGAAUUAAAGCAACGAGAAGCUAUAAUUUCUAAGAAGGAAGCCCUGCUACAAGAGAAGAGCCAGCUGGAAAAUAAGAAAUUGAGAUCUAGUCAGGCCUUAAACACAGACAGUUUGAAAAUAUCAGCUCGUCUGAACUUGUUGGACCACGAGUUGUCUAAAAAAAGUUUGCAGCUUGAAAGCAGCACAACUGAUGAGAAAAUACAGAUUUUAGAACAAGUUCAAGCUCUCCAAAAAGAAAGGGAUCAGCUCCAGAGACAAAGGACCAGUGUAGAUGAAAAACUUAAAAACGGUAGAGUGCUGUCACCCAAAGAAGAACAUCUUCUGUUCCAACUUGAAGAGGGGAUUGAAGCUUUGGAAACUGCAAUUGAAUACAAGAAUGAAAGUAUCAAGAGUCGCCAGAACUCACUGAGAGCAUCAUUCCAGAAUCUCUCUCAGAGUGAAGCAAAUAUUUUGGAGAAAUUAGUUUGCCUGAAUCUUGUUGAGAUUAGAGCUGUUCUUUUCAAAUAUUUCAAUAAGGUGGUUAAUUUGAGAGAAGCUGAGCGUAAACAACAAUUACAGAGUAAAGAGAUGAAACUGAAGGUUCUAGAAUGAGAUAAUAUGGUUCAUGAAUUAGAAUCUGCACUGGAGCAUCUGAAAUUGCAGUGUGACCGGAGACUGAUCCUCCAGCAAAAGGAACAUGAGCAAAAGAUGCAGUUGCUGUUACAUCAUUUCAAAGAGCAAGAUGGAGAAGACAUUAUAGAAACUUUAAAAACAUAUGAAGAUAAAAUCCAACAGUUGGAAAAAGAUCUUUAUUUCUAUAAGAAAACCAGCAGAGAUCUUAAGAAGAAACUUAAGGAGCCCACAAGGGAAGCAGUCCAGUGGCAGCUAGCAUCAGAAUACCAUGAUGCUGGAGAUGGAUCCCUGAAUCCAGACGAGGUGCUUUCUGAAGAACUAAAAUGGGCAUCUAGAACUGAAAAUACAAACUUAAAUGGAUCAGAAAGAGGAGACAGUUCUUCAAGCAGCUUAAAAAUCCAACCAAAGUCUCAGAAUCUUUGGAAAGAUGCCCCAAACUCACUUCCAGUUUGUAGCUCAUUAGCACCUUCCAGUGGGCAGUUGUUAAGCAAUGAAGAUAAAACAGAGGAAAAUCCAUGUGUACAACCUCAUGGUCAACCAUCACCCCAAAUUCAGCUUGUGAACACUGUGGGACAGCCUCAUGGUGUCAAGCCUGUCAAAUUGUGUCGAAAAGAACUGCGUCAGAUUUCUGCCUUGGAACUAUCAUUACGACGUUCCAGUCUUGGAGUUGGGGUUAGAUCAAUGACUGCUGAUUCCAUUGAAGUCGCUAGG